AUGAAAGAACAUAAGUCAACAUUAAUUGAGUCAAAUGGUCAUUUGGUAGAUGGUGCGAAUGAGUUCAUAGUUGAGAACGGGUCGGAUUUGAAGUGUAAAACUAAACUUCACUUUUAUCUUAACGGUACAAGUGUUGAGAUUAAUAAUCCCGAACCUGACACUACCUUACUCCAGUAUGUUCGUUCUGUUGGACUGACUGGAACAAAAUUAGGGUGUGCGGAGGGUGGUUGCGGUGCUUGUACUGUAAUGAUAUCUUCCUAUGACAAAAGUUCCGAUAAAAUUACACAUUGUUCAGUUAACGCUUGUUUGGCGCCAUUAUGUUCCGUUGAUGGAAAACAUGUUAUUACAAUUGAAGGAAUUGGUGACGUUGAAAAUCCUCAUCCUGUUCAGGAACGAAUAGCUUUGUUGCAUGGUUCUCAGUGUGGGUUUUGUACCCCAGGGAUAGCAAUGUCACUUUAUUCUUUGCUGCGAAAUAAUCCUAAUCCAUCUGAGAAAGAAAUUGAAGAGUGUUUUGAUGGUAAUUUAUGCAGAUGUACAGGAUAUCGCCCUAUUUUAGAUGCAGCAAAAACGUUUGCUAAUCCGUCUAAGGACUGUGAAGCUUCGGAGAAUUUAGGAUGUGGUCGCGCCGAUUGUUGUAAAUUGAAAAAUAUCGAAAAUGAUGUUGCUUUAGAUCUCAAGUUCCCACAAUAUCCAUAUGCAAAAUUGGUAUCUGGUAACACUGAAGUUGGAAUAGAGACAAAGUUCAAGAAAUUAAGAUACAAUGUACAAAUAUUUGUGGGAGAUAUACCAGAAUUGAAAACUUGUGAAUUUAAGGAUGAUGGAUUAUUGAUUGGUGCAAAUGUAAGUCUUUCGAAAUUUCAAGAAAUUUUACAAGAUGCGCUCGGACAUUAUGAGCCUCAUCAAACACAAAUAUUUAAGUCGCUUUUGGAAAAUCUUCGUUGGUUUGCUGGCAAUCAAAUCCGUAACGUAGCCACGCCGGCAGGAAACAUUGUCACUGGUUCUCCGAUUUCAGAUUUAAAUCCUAUUUUCCUUUCAUCAAAAACGCUAUUCUCCCUUUCUUCUUUAGAACCAUCAUCCAUGGUAGCAACAGAUCGAGUUAUUCCGUCUGAAUCAUUUUGGACAGGAUAUAGGCAAAAUUGCUGUGAAGAAACGGAAAUUUUAGAAAAAAUAUUUAUUCCCUGUUCAAGACAAGGACAAUAUAAUAGAGCUUACAAACAGGCUAAGAGACGUGACGAUGAUAUUGCUAUCGUAAAUGCCGGGUUGUCAGUGUUAUUGGAUGACAAUAAUCAAGUUAAAGAGGCUGCAUUUGCUUUUGGAGGAAUGAGUUGGGUUACUGUUAGAGCACCCGAAUCAGAGCGUUUUGUUUUGGGCAAAAAGUGGGGUGACCAAAAUGUGUUAAAAGGUCUUCUUGAAAAGUUGUGUGAGGAAUUUCAAAUGAAAUUUUCCACACCUGGUGGCAUGGCAACGUAUCGUAAAUCGUUAGUUGUAGGAUUUAUGUACAAGUUUUGGUACGAUGUUUCAAAAUCUGCUAAUAUAAUAGUGGAUGAUUGUGAUGACAAUAUUGAAAAUUUUGUUGGAAUAAUUGAACGUAACAUUUCAAAAGGUGUUCAAAUUGUUGGACAAGCCGAAAAAGACAAAACAAUUGUUGGCAAACAAAUUCCUCAUGUAUCAGCUAUGAAGCAGGUUACUGGUGAAGCGAUGUAUACAGAUGAUAUACCCAAGAUUCAAGGCGAAUUAUAUGGAGCGUUGGUUUUGUCACAAAAGGCUCACGCAAAAAUUUUAGGAAUCGAUGCAACUGAAGCAUUAGCUCAACCUGGUGUAAAAGGUUUCUUUUCAGCAAAGGAUGUGCCAGGAAGUAAUAUUUGGGGGCCUGUAUCACAUGAUGAAGAGGUUUUCGCUAGACAAAUUAUCGGUUUAAUAGUUGCUGAAACACAAGAAAUUGCACAAGAAGCAGUGGGAUUGGUGAAAGUACAAUAUUCAGAGUUGCCUCAUAUUUUAUCUAUUGAAGAGGCGAUUGAAAACAACAGCUAUUUCCCGGUGAAUAGACGUAUUGUAAAAGGGGACAUAGAAAAAGGUCUGGAAGAGGCUGAUUUUGUCUUUGAAGGUGAAACAAGAAUUGGUGGUCAAGAACAUUUCUACUUGGAGACCCAAGCUACGUUAAUAAUUCCAAAACUCGAAGACAAGGAAUUUGAAAUUCACGCAUCAACUCAAAAUCCUACUGAGACACAAAUUAUAGUUGCCUCAGUACUUGGUAUUGAUGCUAAUAGAAUUGUGUGCCGAGUAAAAAGGCUUGGUGGAGGUUUUGGUGGAAAGGAAACAAGGAGUAUUCCUUUAUCACUAGCACUAGCAGUUGGCGCAUGGCAUCUUAAAAAACCUAUUAGAUGUAUGCUAGAUCGUGAUGAAGAUAUAAUCAUAUCAGGACAAAGGCAUCCUUUCUUAGGGCAAUGGAAAGCUGGGGUGACUAAGGAUGGAAAAUUAUUAGCAAUGGACGUACAGAUUUAUAAUAAUGGUGGUUGGUCAGCAGACCUUUCUGCAGCUGUACUUGAGCGUAGCAUGACACAUGUAGACAACUGUUAUUAUGUACCAAAUGUACGAAUAAUCGGACAUCUUUGCAAGACCAACAUUCAUUCAAACACAGCCUUUAGAGGAUUUGGAGGUCCUCAAGGAAUGAUGAUUACAGAAAAUAUGAUGAGUGAGAUUGCAGAUCGUAUGGGCAUUGACGCUAAUGAUUUUAGGGAAAAGAACUUAUACGUUGAAGGUCAACAAACACAUUUCAACCAGACACUUAAAGACUGGCAUGUACCUUUAAUUUAUCGUCAAAUUAAAAAUGAUAGUGAAUUUGAAAAACGAAGAGAAGAAAUUGAUAAAUUUAAUUCUGAGCAUAAAUGGCGUAAAAGAGGUUUAGCAUUGAUACCAACCAAAUUUGGAAUCUCGUAUACAGCAUUGCAUUUAAACCAAGCAGGAGCUUUGGUACAUAUUUACCACGAUGGAAGUGUUCUUAUAAGUCAUGGUGGAGUUGAGAUGGGACAAGGUCUUCACACCAAGAUGUUGCAGAUUGCUGCUGAAACUUUGGAUGUUCCUUUGGAAACUGUCCAUUUAAUGGAAACUGCCACAAAUUUGGUCGGCAAUACUUCAGCAACAGCUGCUAGUGUUAGUAGCGAUAUUAACGGAUAUGCUGUAUCAAAUGCUUGUAAAACUUUGUCUGAAAGACUAAAACCGUAUCGAGAAAAAAUGCCAAAUAAAAGUUUUAAGGAGAUCGUACAUGCUGCAUAUUUUGAUCGAGUAAAUUUAUCCGCUAAUGGAUAUUACAAAACUCCCGAUAUCGGUUAUAAUUGGGAUAAAAAUGAAGGACAAAUGUUUUUUUAUUUUACGAUGGGUGCAGCGUGUACAGAAGUCGAAAUUGAUGUAUUAACAGGCGAUCAUACAAUUUUGAGAACAGACUUGUGUAUGGACAUUGGCAGAAGUAUAAACUAUGCAAUUGAUGUGGGACAAAUAGAGGGUGCUUUUGUACAAGGUGUGGGGUGGUGUACUAUUGAAGAAACAUUGCAUUUUCCAAAUGGUCACGUAUUUACUAAGGGGCCUGGAAAUUAUAAACUACCCGGAUUUAGGGAUAUACCACAAGAUUUUAGAAUAUACACAUUGAAAGACGCCACAUAUCCUAAUCUAAAGACUAUCCACAGUAGUAAAGGUGUAGGCGAACCUCCAUUAUUUUUAGGAAGUUCGGUGUUCUUCGCUAUUAGGGAUGCAAUUAAAUCUGCAAGACAAUCUAAUAACAACGGAGCAACUGUAGCUUUAAGUUCACCCGCAACACCUGAAAUCAUUAGGUUAGCAUGUGAUGAUGAGAUUGUAAGAAAUUGUAAAGUUGAGAGAAAGGAUGGAGAGAGUGCGUGGGCGCUUAGAGUUUAG